GGUGGAAGUACGCGUGUUGCUCAGUCCGUGGCGUACCUUUUGGUGAAAACGUAAAACCGGUGGCUUAGUGAAGUGAUUGUGAAACUGAAGCGUGAGUGUUUGCUUCUGUUCUGAAACGAAGAAGUACUUUUGAGCAAUGGCUGACGACCAGCAACAAGAACAAUUUCAGCAGACACCCGUUUCAUCGGAACUGUCGGCUACAAACAACGAUAUCGUACAAAACGUCCGGGAGCUGAUGUACAAGGACAAAAGCACUGUUCUGGUUAAAGCGGUAGAGUUGCUCGUUCUGAACCUUCAGCAGCAGCAAGUAAUAAUGGUGCUGAAGCAAACUCUACAAGAUGCGAUUGACCAGAACGAACAAAUGGUUAAAGAUUUGCAUGAUCAGCCGGCGAUGAAAUCAUUAAUGAGCAACAUAGAUGCUCAGAAUCAUUCCACUCGAAAGCAGCUGGGCGACAAAGUGGAGUCCAUUAAUAUGCACAUGAAAUCCAACGAAGUGCUUCGCAAACAGCUGAAAAAGGAAAUUAUGAGCUUUCGUUCAGGCAUUGAAGAUGCGAAGCGACAAAUUCAGGAGAAGGAGGAAUUAGGGAAAUUUUUUCAUCGUGCACACGCCGAGAUAAUGGCACGCAUUGAGGACGUAGGCACACAGUUGCGUUCGGUAUCCUCGGAACGUGCUAAACUGCGCGAAGAACAUCUAGAAAAAAUGGACAAACUCAAAAAGAUGCGUUCUUGCCACGAAGAGAACAUUAAAGAGAUGCAGGCGGAACUAAUGGAAUGGGGAAAUGUGCUUCAACAACGUGUGGAGGAGCUAGCUAACAUGAGGCAGCAAGUUACUGAAAAUGUCAAUGCCUAUCGUCAAAUGCUGUCGGAGAAACACGAUGUCCAGAACCUUAGCGACGAGCUGAAGCAAAAAUUGCAAACAGAGAAAAACAAGCUGGGAGAAUCUUUUGCAGCAGAAAAGCGUCAAAUUGAUGAACUGCAUGCUGAAAAGGCGGAUGAGUAUAAAAACAAAAUUGAAGAACUCAACCAAACACUCGACAGCGUAACGAACACCAAAGAACAGUUGUUGGAGUAUAUUGCCGAAUUGGACGUCGCCAUAAGUCGAAUGGCUGAGGAGAUAAACGAUGUUCAACACCAAAAUGUAAAGUUGGAAAACGAACUCACCUUACUUAGAUCGACGAUUAAUUUGGAUACCGAAUCGGAAAUGUCAAUGACACAGCAACCCAUUAAUAAUGUGUUCAACGGAAGACCGAAGCCGCAAGUUUUCAUCAAAUCUGCUCCACUCCAAACAAAAUCACCACCCAGCACCACUGACUACAAUGACGAUGAAUCUUGUCACUUGGACAAUAUGGAAAGUUCUGCGAGUGUGAACUACAACAAUCUUAAUUAAAUUGUACAGCUCUGUGCAGAUCUUGUACUCCAAAUAUGAUGGUACUAAGAAAGUACAAGAAGUACAAUGCAUAUUCAAACGAAUAUACAUUAGAUGUUUCCCGAAUGGUUGUUUAGGAAGAAGUUUAGGAUAGUUUCAUUUUCUUUCUUCAUUGUUUGAUAAUUCUAAUAAACAUGAAUUUUUUU